AUGGUUUGGUACAGCAGCAGUAGAGAGUCGCAGUCAGUGUGGCCACCGGGAAUGAGAAGGUUUCGACGCACGCUAUUUUCAGGACUGGGAAUUCUAGCAGAGCUGGCCGGGAGGAGGUUCUGCCUACAACUCUGUUCCAGUCAACAAUCCAGCACAGUGCCAUAAUCUGAAGUCCAGACGAGCGACCAGGCGCAGGAGAUGGUCAACGGACAGCCGCUGGUGGCUCACUGCUGCGGGGCUACAUGCUAGAGGAAACCUGCUGGAGCGCCGCGUUUGUUCCUCCGUUCUGUCUACGUACAGUGUGACAGUCUGCCGUCCGUCUCGGUGGCUCCGGGUUAGAAAUGCAGUGAAGUGACACCCCUUCAGUGACUGCAAUCUGAAUGCUUCCCGCCGGUUUGAACCUGCUCGCUUAAAUGCACCUAUUUCACAGCCGCGAAACUAAACACGCUGACGAGGAUGGAGUGAAAUCUGCGGCGGGGGCAAACGAAACACAACUGCCGCGAUUUCCUGCGUGUAGAUAAAUAAAUGAUAGAAGAUACAAUGACCCUGCUAUCUCUGUUAGGUCGAAUCAUGCGUUAUUUUCUGCUCAGACCGGAGACCCUGUUCCUGCUGUGCAUCAGCCUGGCUCUGUGGAGUUACUUCUUCCACACGGACGAAGUGAAGACCAUCGUCAAGUCCAGCCGUGAUGCGGUGAAGAUGGUCAAGGGGAAAGUGGCGGAGAUGAUUCAGAAUGAGCGAUUCGGUGGACUGGACGUACUGGACGCUGAAUUCUCCAAGACCUGGGAGUUCAAGAGCAACAAUGUGGCUGUUUACUCCAUCCAAGGCCGGAGAGACCACAUGGAGGACAGGUUCGAGGUGCUCACCGACGUCGUCAACAGGAGUCACCCAUCUAUUUUUGGGAUUUUUGAUGGCCACGGAGGAGAGGCUGCUGCUGACUUUGCUAAGGCCCACUUGCCAGAGGCUCUGCGCCAGCAGCUGCUGACCUAUGAAAGGGAAAAGGAGCGAGACAGAGAAAAAGAAAAAGAUGAAAAGAAGGAGAGAAUCAGCCUCUCUUACCCCUCGAUUCUGGAGCAACAAAUACUGACAGUGGAUAGAGAAAUGCUGGACAAGCUCUCUGCCACUUACAAUGAAGCAGGCACUACAUGUCUGGUAGCUCUGCUGUCUGAUAAGGAGUUGACAGUAGCCAAUGUUGGAGACUCUCGCGGAGUUUUGUGCGAUAAAGACGGCAAUGCCAUUCCCCUAUCGCAUGACCACAAACCUUACCAGCUCAAGGAACGCAAGAGGAUCAAGAAGGCUGGUGGCUUCAUCAGUUUCAAUGGCUCAUGGCGUGUCCAGGGCAUCUUGGCCAUGUCCCGUUCUCUGGGCGAUUACCCUCUGAAAAACCUAAACGUGGUUGUUCCUGAUCCUGACAUCAUGUCCUUUGACCUGAACAAGCUGCAGCCCGAGUUCAUGAUCCUGGCAUCAGAUGGCCUUUGGGACACCUUCAGCAAUGAGGAGGCAGUUCGCUUCGUCAGGGAACGACUGGACGAGCCGCACUUUGGCGCCAAGAGCAUCGUCCUGCAGUCCUUCUACCGUGGUUGCCCUGACAACAUCACAGUAAUGGUGGUCAAGUUUAAAGGCAAAACAAAUGAAAAGUAGGCAUCUACCCCUCAGAUUGCAUCUAUAUUAUGUUUGUAUUCAAAUAAAAAUAGGCUUAAAGUGAAAGAUUUUAUUUCAGUGAGAACUAUUUCUAUCAAAGAUAUUCACCGCAGUUUCCCUUCAUCAAACCUCCUCCCUCUUCUUUACUUUUACUGCAGAACAAGUGACACAAUGAAAAUAUCUUUCACUUAAGUUUGGCCAAACCUUUGAGACACCGUGAUGAGAGGUGGGUCGCUGUUAUGCAAAUAAACAGGUUUAGCUUUGUGCAGCUGUGGAUGUGCCCGUGAGUCUGCACAUGCCUGUGUGUGUGCACAUGUGAAUGAGAGGCGCAACGGCGGCUGACUUCAUGAUGAACUUGCACACAAGUCUCACAUUUACAAGAAAGUCAUUGUGUUACCAGUGAUGACACUUAUGUGAUGGCUGGAUAGUUCAGUUCUUUCAUUGUCUGUGAGAGCAUCAAGCUUAAAUCUUUAGUUUUCUCACUCUGUGUCCAUAUUGUCUAAAUGUAUCCACAACGUCAUGCACUGAAAAGUCAGUGGUUUAACAUUGUGCAAACUUAUUUUUUUCUUGUAUGUGUAUAAAUUGUCAACAUUGCCAACACAAAUGUUAACAAAGCCUGAGCUUCUCUUGUAACUGCUCUUAUUGUACAGCAAUAGAAUUGACUGCAUUUUUAUUCCAUUCUUGCUGCACAGAAAAAACAGGAUGUAAGAAUGAAUGAUGCAUUUUCUGUUGCAUUUGCUCCCCCAUUUUUUUUUUAAUUUUAUGAGUUUAGCUGUUGUGUUUAUUUAAAAUGAUUGAUAGUUUUUUUCUCCAAUAAAGACUCAUGUCUCUUUUAUUUGUAACUUUAAAGACUUUUUAAAGCUGACAGAUUGAUCUGCCACUCUGUACGAACCCAUCUUAUCAAGAUCUGUGUGACUAAUAUUAAUGUAAAAUGUAACUGUAGUUUAUCAGCGUGUAAUAAAGUGACUAUAACGUUUAACCUAAUAGUGAUAAUGUAAUGACAUCUGACUAUGACUGAUUGCAAAUCAAAGAUUUAAUUUCUUAAAACAAUGAUCAAAUAAAAUAUUUGUGAUCAUGAUAAAUGGCAGUAAUAUAUAUUUAUUUUGUCAUUUAUAUCCCCAUGUUGGAUUUAAAAUACUUUUUUUUUUUAAAAACAUGACCUUGACAUGCUAUUUUUCUCUCUGGCUUUUCUUACGUUAUCAUUAUACUGUCAACAGAUGAGAGAUUAAUCUGCUUAAACUGAAAGUUAACUAGAUAUGAUGACAUUUACUGGGAGAAAAGUCCCUCGUCCUAAUACAUGCCACAUUUGCUUUUUUCUAGACUGGAAGUCAAAAUAUAAUAAACCUUUGAAUGAGU